AUGGCAUCUCAGUCCGGCCUGAUUUUGUCGACUGUGCUAAGCAGCGUUGUCGCUCAUCCCCUAAGCCAGCAACAGCUGGACGAUAGCCAGUCUGAGCACUCGUUAGCUCUGACAGAUCCGGAGGGUUACGCUGAUCUCUGGGAAUCCUCCGACAAGAUGCUUGAUUUCUACGGCGCCUUACAAUCCGACUCAACCGUCGACAUCUUGACCACUUUUCGACAAAUGCUCUCACAUGACGGGGCAAUCGCGCUGAUGAGUGACAUCAUGACGAUUGGCAGAGAUAAAUCCCAGCUGAAGUCAUUCUCGCGUUACCUUAUCAACACCAUUCUCAAACCCAUGAAGCUUGCUGGUGUCGUAAGAUCUAGCGCGUCCUCAACUGCGUCACCUAGUCCCGGUGCUGCGGCAUCGAUCGCGCAACUCGCGGCUACUGUGCAGCCGUCAGACAGACGCCUGCAGUCAACUCUCAAAUCAAUCUGCCUCAAGCGCGAUGGUUACCGCUGCACCUUCAGCCAUGUAGUCGAUCGCGCGAGUUCAGAAAGUCGCCUCGUUGUGCUGCCUGUUGGCGUCAUUGCCACUCCCACUCAACUCUCCCAUGUCUUGCCGUUGGCUCUUAGAAAGUUUGACAACGCCAGUCCAGCUGCUAGAGAUGCGGUGGCCGGGGUCUGGUAUGCAUUGUACCGCUACUUCCCCGAGUUGGAGGGCAAGAUUGGUCCCGAUAACCUGAACCAAUACGAAAACCUAAUCACCUUCGAGUCAACUGUCCACGAGCUCUACGACAGCCACCGGUUGGCAUUUGAUCCUAUUCAGAACCGGCCCAACGAGUACCGGAUCGUUGUGCUGUCAGGAUCGCCUCUCCUCAACAAACCCCCGCAAGGCCAUCGCGAAAUCAUGACCCUGAUCUCCUCAGACAACAGUAUUCCGCUCCCUGAGCCUGAGUUCUUCAAGGUUCAUCACAGAAUCGCGAAAAUUCUUGAUGUAAGUGGGAUUGGGGCAAGGAUUGAGGCAGAGAUUGAGGAUUCUCAGAGUGACCCUGAGAAUCUGAGCCCAGAUGGUUCAACCGACCUGGAGUCGAUUCUAUUCCGGAAGAUGCUGAUCAAUGUUUAG